CGUCCUCGAGACUUGAAGAUUUUUUAAGUUGAUCCGUUGAUCUACAACCUUCAUGGACACUCGAACACUCGGUAUCCUCGGCGGCGGUCAGCUGGGCCGUAUGCUCGUUGAAUCCGCCCACAGACUCAACAUCAAAACCCUCCUCCUCGACGCUCCCGGCGCUCCCGCAAAGCAAAUCAACGCCCUCCAUGACCACAUCGACGGUUCCUUCAAAGACGCCGCAAAGAUCAAGGAGCUUUCCCAGCGCUGCGACGUCAUCACUACCGAGAUCGAGCACGUCGAUGCAGCUCCGUUGGCGGAACUCGAGAAGCAGGGAUUCGAGGUUUGGCCGUCGAGUGCUACGAUUAUCACGAUUCAGGAUAAGUACGUCCAGCACAAACACCUCGCCGAACACGACCUUCCUCUGCCAUACUUCAUUCCGAUCGACACCCCAACCACCGAGGCUCUCGAGAAGACUGGCGCAGAGCUCGGAUACCCUUACAUGCUCAAAUCCCGUACCAUGGCCUACGACGGUCGCGGAAACUACGCGGUCAAGUCCUCCACCGAUAUUCCUGCCGCUCUGGAAGCAUUGGGCGACAAACCCCUCUACGCGGAAAAAUGGUGCGAAUUCACCCGCGAGUUGGCGGUGAUGGUGGUUCGUGGUAAGGAUGGUCAGGUGGCUUCAUACCCCGCCGUCGAGACCGUACAGGAAAACUCAAUUUGUAAAUACGUUUACGCUCCUGCACGGAACCUCUCCUCCGAGCUCCAAUCCGCUGCGCAAAAGUUGGCACGUGAGGCGAUUGCUUGUCUCCCUACCGGCGCUGUCGGUAUUUUCGGAGUCGAGAUGUUUGAGCUGCCGGGUGGUAAGCUUCUCUUGAAUGAGAUCGCGCCCCGUCCUCACAAUUCCGGUCACUACACCCUCUCCGCCUGCGAAAUCUCUCAAUUCGAGGCGCAUAUUCGGGCUGUUAUGGGGUUGCCACUUCCAGAGACGAUUGGAGAGAUGAAGGUGCAGCAUUGUGUCAUGUACAACCUCCUCGGUGAGGAAACGAUCGAUGUAGCGAAGAACUCACUCAGCGUCGAGGGCGCCUCAGUCUACCUCUACGGCAAAGCAGAGAUGAAAAAGGGCAGAAAGAUGGGCCAUAUCAACAUCGUCGGCUCAACCCCCGCCGAAGUCGACGAGCGUCUCGCGCGUGUACUCGGAAAGAAGGAGCCAAAGCGCACCCCCGUGGUCGGAAUCAUCAUGGGCUCAGACUCGGAUUUACCCACGAUGCGCCCCGCCGCCGAGUUCCUCACAAAAUUCGAUAUCCCGUUCGAGUUGACGAUCGUUUCUGCCCACCGGACUCCGGAGCGUAUGUUCACCUACGCACAAACCGCCUCCGCCCGUGGUCUCCAAGUCAUCAUCGCCGGCGCAGGCGGGGCUGCGCAUCUCCCCGGUAUGGUAGCCGCACUGACCCCACUUCCCGUCAUCGGUGUCCCCGUCCGUGGGUCUGUUCUCGAUGGUGUGGAUAGUUUGCAUAGUAUCGUACAGAUGCCGAGGGGUAUUCCGGUUGCUACUGUGGCGAUUGGGAAUAGUACUAAUGCGGGGUUGUUGGCGGUUAGGAUGGUUGGGAUGGGAGAUUUGAGGGUUAGGGAGAAGAUGGAGGGGUUUAUGAGGGCGCAGAGGGAGGAGGUUGAGGGGAAGAUUGAGGUGCUUGAGAAAGUUGGGUGGGAGGAGUAUGGGUUGAAGAAGUGAGAUGAUAGAAUGGUGUGAUGGUAGGGAAGAUUUGCUCUAGAGUAGGUUUUUAUGGGUAAUUGAUCAUACGUUUUGCAUUG